AGUAAAGCUCCAUCUUAGCUGUGCCACAGGCUGCAUUAAAAAUAGAUCAGACCAGCGCUCUUUCUGCAUCGUUUCAGACAAGAGGUAGCCUACAGAUCUGUGGCAGUGAAACCACUAAGAGGAUUCCCUAACGAUGGCAACCUUCAACACCAGUCACUGGAAUGAGACUACAUACAUCUAUGAAUGUCUUGGUUUCCAAGUGCAAAAGAUUUAUCCUUUCCAUGAUAACUGGAACACUGCCUGCUUUGUUAUUCUGAUUAUAUUUAUUUUUACUGUAGUUUCGUUGGUGGCUUUGGCUUUUCUCUAUGAGCUGCUUGAUUGCUGCUGCUGCGUGAAAAAUAAAACCAUGAAAGACCUGGAGAAUGAACCCAACCCCGUUAGAACCAUGAUGGACAGAUUUAGAAAGCGUGAAACAGAAGUAGUGUAAGAAAGACUGAUAAGCACUCACAGAAGAACAAACAUUUAAAACACUUUAAACAAAAUCUGUUACAUCAUAUGACUAAGCAAGUCACCUAAGUUUUUGGCCUUAAAAGUCCUUACAAACAAUACUAUUUCUCCACUGGACAUGAAACUGAAUGGUCAGCAAAUGGAUCGUCUCUACUGCAAUAUCAUGUGAGAAGAAAGAUUUCCGUUUUCAAAUGAACUUUUGUUGUCUAUAUUUGAAGACUAGAGUAAAUUUUUGUCCAUCUGAACAAUUUAUAAUGUUGUUUAAUUGGAAAAAUAUUUAUCACCCUCACCUGGGCCAUCUCAUGCCUCUCUUAGUCUUUAGACAUAUCCCAUGUAUCUGAGAUUAAAACAAAACCAAAAACCCCAAGAAUAACAAAAAACAAAACGCACAUUUUAUUCCAUAACAUGCCUCAUCUGAAUAUAGUUUUCAAAUCCAUAACAUGAAAACCAAAGAAAAUCUUAUCCUUCUAGAAUCUCUCUGACCAUUUCCUGGUAGGACAUGACAGUUUCUACCCACUGUCCAGAGAGGAGUCUCAUGCUAUUUCUUCCCAAAUUUAACAACUCAAAGUAUUUGAGUUCAUUAAUACACCAGGAUGACAUUAUCAUCUCAGUAUUUCUGCUAGGAGUAUGUAAUCAGGAAUGAAGUUGGAAGGAAACACAAAUAUCAUUUUGUCCUCCAUAGCAUAAGUUGUCUUACUUUUCUGUCCUCAAACUCAGAAUACUGCAAGUCAUCUUGACCUCCAACCCCAAAAGCACUCCUCAGUUAUUCAGACUGCAGCCUUCUGUGUUACAUAGGCUAGAGACAGACAUUCAAAA